AUGUCCAAAACUGAUGAUAUCAUCUCCUCCUGUUUGUCACAUCACAUGGAUGGGGUGUUUUCCGGAACCACUCUUCACCGCACAGCAUGCCUCACCAUUCAACCACCUUCCUCCCUCCCUCCCACCACCGCCCAGGCAGCAGCCAUUCUCGGAUCAGCCUGUUUGGCAGUGCAAGCAGUAGUGCUCGCCUCCUCUCUCGCCUCCUCCAUCCCCUCCAUUCCACUUUUUGGUUCCGUUUCCCCCUACCUCUUACCCACCACCCACCAGGCAGCAGCCUGUGUGGCAGUGCAAGCAGUGGUUCUCGCCUCCUCUGUCUUGCAACCGGCAUUCCACCCCUUCGUUCCCUUUCCCCCUACCUCCCACCCGCCACUGCACAGGCAGCAGCCAUUCUCGGCGGCUGUCUCAGCAGCAAUUGAACAGCUGCUACCACCAGCAGCCAACACCCAAGUCACUUCGCUCGUGCCCAUGCCCACACCAGGCAGCACCCCCGCCUCUCUCGUGCUCUUCAAUCCCAACCAGCUACCAGCCCUCUCAGCCCCCCGCCUUCUGUCAUCUCUCACACUUCCAACCCUUUCCCAUUACAAACUCCCUCUCCGCGCUCCCGUUGCUUCUCAGGCAUUGUACAAAGCCAAAUUGAUUCCACAAGACCCUGUUUGUGCGCUCACGCUCAUGAUCCAAACAGCCAUGCCAUCGGCUCAGAAUCUUGUGCUCAUGUCUCAACUAAGUCCCUCCACCAAGCCCCUUGCAGGAAUGCUGGCCUCCUUGAUGCUCCGACAGUAUGCCAUCUCCAUGCUCCCCAUCACAGUGUGGAUCACACGUGGUCCGCCUGGCGGAGGCCCUCCCGGAGGCCAGCAGUUUGGAGGGGCGCGCGGAGGAUCUGGCGGACCUGGCGGGCCUGGCGGGCCGGGCGGACCCGGCGGACCCGGCGGGCCUGAUGGCCCGCGCGGUCCUCCGCUAAACUUGACGGUCGUAGGCAAUCUGACGGCUGACGUCGGCGCGCGAUUGGCCAACUGUUCCGCCGACGCAACCUUUCUCGACGGCCGCUUUCACCUCGCCAUCUUCAAGAACGCGAGCGGAAAUUACAACCUGGCGGUCGACGCGCUUCUCGUGGGCGCCACGGGCGGGCCGCCCGACGCCCUCACGAUCGUGCAGGGAGCCGUCUGCGACUCUUCCGCCUCCGCCGCCGCGGUUCUCUCGCUUCCGGUGGCGGCGUCCGACUGGCAGCAGCGUGACGGCUGGUGGCUGCUGCACGCGGAGGCGCGCCUCGACGCGUAG